AUUUUUCCUCUUUGUGCAAUUUGUUUGAGGUGACUGGAUUUGUUAGAGGUGACUGGGCAGCCGACAGCUUGCGGAUUAACUGAAUGAUUCUUGUUCGGAUGUGUACUUUGAUCGACGCAUAACUGUGAUCAAUAAAGCAAUGUCUAACACCUUUGAAACACACGGAAUAGGUCAUGUACGGCACUCAGUGGAUGAGGAUUGUUAAGAACAAAAGCCGCCGUGGGUUGGAGAAAGCAGUCAUGUACGGGUAGGCGAAAAUGAAGCCGAAGUCAAACGGAGCCUCAAGCCAUGUCGUGGAGAUCAACCAACUGGCACAACCCACCAAGCUCGAGAAAACUUGGAAUAACCUUAAAAGUUGUCCAUGUAUUUUUGGGUGGAUCGUCAACCCGUAUGGUAACAUCUACUACCGCUGGUUGAUCGUCAUCUCAAUCGCGGUAGUGUAUAACAUGCUGACCAUCAUCACUCGGGCCGUGUUCCAAUCCGUACAGAGGGACUACACUCCUAUGUGGUUUACAUUCGACUACAUGUUUGACGGCAUCUACAUCGCAGACAUGAUUGUCCGCUUUCGCACCGGUUACCUCGAACAGGGCCAGCUGGUGCGAGACAGGAAGAAACUCAUGGCAUUUUAUGCAAAGACGUACUUAUUCAAGUUGGAUAUCUUGUGCAUCAUCCCCGCCGAUGUGGUGGCCGCAAUCAUACAAGGGACCUCUCAUUACAACCCUAUUGUACGACUGAACAGACUGUUGAAGUUCCCAAGGCUGAGGGAGGCUUUAGACAGGACAGAGACCCGUACAAACUUUCCAAAUGCUUUUCGUAUCACCCAUCUCAUCUUUUACAUCUUCGUUAUUAUGCAUUGGUUUGCGUGUCUCUACUUUGCACUGAGCACGUACAUCGGGACUGGGGCAGACACGUGGGUAUUUCCGAAUACUUCUGACCCUCGUUAUGAAUCUGUAGGACUGCAAUAUGUCUACUGUCUCUACUGGUCAACCUUGACCUUGACCACAAUUGGCGAGAUUGCCACUCCACAAACGGAUUUGGAGUAUUUAUUUGUGAUAACGAGUUUUCUGGCCGGUGUUCUCAUCUUUGCAACCAUCGUGGGCAGCGUUGGCAACAUGAUUGGGAAUCUUAACAUCGCCAGGACUGAGUUCCAGGGGAAGGUGGAUGCAAUUAAGCGCUACAUGGAAUUCAGGAAGGUUAGCAAAUAUAUUCAAAAACGGGUUUUCCAGUGGUUUGAGUACCUCUGGUUGAAUCGGCAAUCGAUGGACGAAGAAGUGAUUUUGGCUUUGUUACCUGAUAAAUUAAAAGCUGAGAUUCUAAUGAACGUUCACUUGGACACCUUACGGAGGGUCAGAAUUCUCCGGGGAUGCGAACCCGGUCUGCUGCAAGAACUUGUUCUUCGGUUAAAACUGCAGGUGUUUAGUCCUGGUGAUUACGUCUGUCGUAAGGGGGAUGUGGGUCGGGAGAUGUACAUAGUAAAACGUGGGUGCCUUAGUGUGGUCAGUGAUGACGGGGAACAUAAACUUGCAACGUUGACUGAAGGCUCCGUUUUUGGAGAGAUUAGUAUUCUAGAUAUACCAGGAAAUAAAACGGGUAAUAGACGAACUGCAAACGUGCGGAGUGAAGGCUAUUCAGAUCUAUUUUGCUUGGCCAAAGAGGCCCUUUGGUCCACAUUGUCAGAUUAUCCAGAUGCAAAGGAACGCCUGAUAAUGCGAGGUAAGCAGCUGCUGAUCGAUCAAAAACUGGUUGACGAAAAGACGCUAGAGGAAGCGGAAAUUACGUCCCGGUUGCCUGAACGUGGGACGCAGACGUCGUGGCUGGACGAAAAUAAACCACUGGCUUUGGAGGCUGGAAACCUCCCAGAUGAAGUCAAACGGAUUAUCAAAGAAAUGGAGGAAUUACAACUCAAGUUACACAAGAUAGUCUGCGAAAUGCAAGCAAAAAAGUAUAUUGGAAGUGAUGUCACGUUUCUAAGACAAACGCUUCCUGUUUCGAUGCAAGCGCCACCAUCUGUGACGGUGAAGAAAAGUAUCAGAAUGCGACUGACGAAUACUUUAUGAAUCCUUGAUUCAAAGGUGAUUAUUGAGGAUAUGAUACAGUGUCGUCUGCUUAAAUGGAAGUGCCAAAUUGAAGUUUUCGGUCAAGCUGAUACACGUUCUCGCUCAUGUUUACUUGUCAACAUGUCUAAAUCGGGAUUUUUUUUCAAUGUCUAUUCUAAGUAAUUUUUAGGAGUGUCCACCAAAGUUAGGAAGCCCUUGAGGAGGGGGCAUGCAUCGUGUGCGAGGUUCCGUAGAAAAUGGUCAUUAAAAAUGAGGAAAAAAUUAACGCUGAGAUUGCAUCCACUACAGACAUAUUUCUUAUUGUAUCAUUUUAUCACUUAUUUGCAAACGGUUGUAGAAUGGUGGAGCAUUGUUUAAUAUCACUUUACAGACGACGUGAUGUUGUAUCAGUUGGGAGCCAUCUCGACUUUGACCUACUGGAAGACUACAAUGGCAAAGUGUUGCAGGUCAAUAGUGCCGUGGUGUCCAGAACGUCACUAGAAAACACGUGAUACAAUAUGGUCUGCACCAGAUUUUGAAGAGUUUCUAGUUACGUUAGGUUGGCUUGCUCUUUGCUUUAUUUCUUACAAACAAUAUUCCAAGACCGCCAACCAUUGAAAGCGUUUGUCAUGUUAGUGCUAAACAUAACUUUAAGCCCAACUUUAAGCCCUACAACCGAGACGUUCACACCCUUACACCAGUGGUUUUCAAUACGCUCCGCCUCUCGAUAUUUCAAAUAUUUUGUAUACAAGGUAGGAGUAUCAGAAACCUUAAUAUCAGGAUGAGACUUCCAAAUGAUUGACUCAUCCUGAGGAUGGAAAUCAUCAGGGGUUAAUGUUAGUUCCUCCGUCCCUGCACACAUGCCCCUGAGACAUCUCCCCUCAUUUGAUGAAGUACAGAUGCGCACUUAAGCCAGCGUCCUGCCAACUUUGGUCGUAGUAGUUCUAAUGAUUUGUAUUCAGUAGAAAUGCCAGUCGGAAAUCAUAGAAUCGAGUUGCAUUACGUAUCUUGGAAUUGACGGGUUUAUUUUAUCGGUAAAAUAUAACAACCAAUGAAAAUGCAACCUUGGAUAUCGUUGCUACAGUGAUGAAUUGAAUAUAAAUUCCUAGAAUACAAUGCUAGCGAGGCACUAAUUGGGCGCGAUUGCGCAAGAGCAGUAGCCACAAUCAGCUGACAUGCGAAGCAUAAAACCCCUAGCGGCAAACUUAUUAAGACAAACGCCCGACCACCAAGCAACUACCAACUGCACUUGAAGCAUGAUAGACACCAAGCGACUGGUCUCACUUGACUACACAAACAACAAGUUUAUUGACGAGAUAGGUAACAGAGACGCUUGCUGUGCACCUAAAAUGACGGAGCGCCUAAAGUGUCGGUUUUGAGGGUCCACAAACGUCGGAGCCCGCGCCUAAAAAAAACGGUAAUUUUUCGUGCCAAAAAAAUAGCGAUCGGUGGCCAUGCCAAAAUGACGGUCCAGUUGUGAAUGAGAGACUUUAUUUCGAAUGUUCAUUAUAGUUGGGCGGAUUUUUCGCGCCUA